AGGGAAGUGAAACUCAUGUGACUUUAACCAACAUUGAGAGGUGAAAUGGCGCAGCAAGGAAAUCAAGCAGACAGAGUGAAAUUCUGUUGUUCAAUCUGUCUGGAUCUACUGAAGGAUCCGGUGACUAUUCCUUGUGGACACAACUACUGCAUGAGCUGUAUUAAAACCUUCUGGGAUGGAGAAGAUCAGAAGAUCCACAGCUGUCCUCAGUGCCGAAAGACUUUCAUACCGAGGCCUGACCUGGUGAAAAACACCAUGUUAGCAGAGUUAGUGGAGGAGAAGAAGACUGGACUGGGAGCUGCUCCAGCUGAUCAUUGCUAUGCUGGACCUGAAGAUGUGGCCUGUGAUGUCUGUACUGGGGGGAAGCUGAAAGCCCUAAAAUCCUGUGUGGUUUGUCUGGCCUCCUACUGUGAGCAACACCUUCAGCCUCACUAUGAGUCUCCUACUUUUAAAAAACAUAAACUGAUUGAAGCUUCCGUUAAACUUCAGGAGACCAUCUGCUCUCGUCAUGAUGAGGUGAUGAAGAUUUUCUGCCGCACUGAUCAGCAGUGUAUCUGUAUGCUUUGCUCCAUGGAUGAACAUAAAGGCCACGACACAAUCUCAGCUGCAGCAGAAAGGACAGAGAAGCAGAAGGAGCUCAGCGUAAGUCAGCAAAAUAUCCAGCAGAGAAUCCAGGAGAGAGAGAAAGAUGUGAAGGAGCUUCAACAGGAGGUGGAGGCUAUCAAUCGCUCUGCUGAUAAAGCAGUGGAGGACAGUGAGAAGAUCUUCACUGAGUUGAUCCGUGACAUUCAGAAAAGAAGCUCAGAUGUGAAGCAGCAGAUCAGAUCUCAGCAGGAAACUGAAGUGAAUCAGGUCAAAGAUCUUCAGGAGAAGCUGCAGCAGGAGAUCAAGGAGCUCAAGAAGAAAGACGCUGAGCUGAAGCAGCUCAUACGCACAGAGGAUCACACCCAGUUUCUGCAAAAAUAUCCCUCGCUGUCAGGUGUUUGUGGAUCUGCAGUCUCUCCAAGAACCAAUAUUAGUCAUCUGUGGUACUUUAAGGAUGUAAUGGCAGCUGUGACAGUGGUCAGAGAUAAACUGCAGAUCAUUCUUAGUGAGAAAUGGCAACAAGUAGAGCCGAAGACCAGAGCUGAGUUCUUACAAUAUUCACGUCAGAUCACACUGGAUCCAAACACAGCAAACAAUUUUCUGGUUUUAUCAGAUGGGAACAGAAAGGUAACAUUUAAGAGAGAUAAUAAACCAUAUUCUCAACAUCAAGACAGAUUCAUUCAUGUAUCUCAGGUCCUGAGUAAAGAUGGUCGGACGGGACGUUGUUACUGGGAGGUGGAGAAGAGCAGGAGUGUUGAAAUAGCAGUCGCAUACAAGAGUAUUAGUAGAUCAGGUGACUUUAAUGCACAUGUAUUUGGAUACAACGAAAGGUCUUGGGUUUUACGUUGUGACAAUGGAUACACAUUCAGACAUAACAAUAUCUUUGCUGCUGCCAUCUCAGGCCCUCAAUCCUCAAGAAUAGGAGUGUACCUCGAUCACAGUGCAGGUAUUCUGUCUUUCUACAGCGUCUCUGAAACAAUGACUCUCCUCCACAGAGUCCAGACCACAUUCACUCAGCCGCUCUACGCUGGACUUAGUCUUUGGUCUGAUGGAGACACUGCCGAGUUGUGGGAGUUCAAGUAGACAGAGGGAUGGUUAAUGUUUACACCUGAUUCUUAACCAUCGUACUCCUUAUCACAAUCCUGGAGCCUUGACAUUAUAGUGCUGUGACUGAGGUUUUCAUAAAAGAAAUUUCAAGAAGAAUGUCUGAAAAAAAAACCUCAACAAAUUGUAGACAAUCGUCUUAGUGACUUUAAAAAAAUCAAAAAACAUCAGCUGUGUGUUAAGUAGCAAAAAACAACAUUCACUAUGACAGAGAAAGGUGUUUACAUUGGUGAUUGAAAGCAAUACUAUCAUGAUUAAACCAGUAGUUUGAUUUAUACCAUAUAUCCUAUAGAAAUAUACUGUAUCUUAAGGUAAAUGUAUUAUAUUUUUUACAAUGGCUAAGAAUCACUUGAGUUUCAAUUUUACUGCUCUUCAUAUUAAAUAUAUUUUUCAUAAAUGAUAAAUCUGGUUAAUAAUAAUAUUAUGUGAUAGUUGUUUUUAGGGUUUUUAUGAUGGUAAUUGUUUUAUUGAAUACACAUUUUAUAAUCUCUGCAUUUCUGUUUAAUAAUUUUAAGGUGACAACUAAGAUAAUUGUUUAUUAGCAUCCAGUCCUCUGAUGCAAUUUGACAAAGUAAUCCUGAUAUAUUUGAAUUACUGUUUAUUAAUUUAGUAGGUGGAACU